GUUCUAUAACCAACUGUACUGGAAGUUUCAGUAGAAAGGUAAAUUAAUUUCACCUGAAUAUACUGCCGUAUAGUAGCGCAGACGUAACAGUAAUGCUUUUAAUAAUGUCUCCUUGUGUGCUGUGGCGUCUUGCAGCUGGUGGCACAAUGUAGUGACAUCUGAGGCUGGUGUUCAUGGUCCAGUGUCUCUCAUUCCACAGCAAAGUGCUGAAAAUCAUGAUAAAUGAAAUUGUGAUAGUUCAGCAGCCCCUGUCCGUGUGUGUCCCAUACAAUUACACGGUCACUCUGAGUGUUCGGGCUGUGGGACUGGACCCAUUACAGUACCAGUGGUUCCAGUCUGAAGAGGAAGUGGUUCCCGGUGGUACAAGGUCAGAUUUGGUCAUCAGCGCUCACAGGAAGCAGUACUUCGUGUGCCGAAUCAACGACCAGCAGAACAACUUCGUGUUCAGCAACUGGGUGAAAGUGAAGGUGUUAAAGGCUGAAGUUUCUCCAGGCCUUCAUGCAUCGUGGCGGGGGGAACCCCAUAUCGCUCUGCAGCCUGAGUCGCAGAGGGUCCAACGCAGGGGCCGCAUCACACUGCAGUGCUGGGCUUUCGGGAUCCCAGCUCCACAGUUACAGUGGUACCACAAUGGGCUGUUAAUGCCGGGAGCGACAGCUGAGACCCUGGAGAUUGAAAACGCAGAUGAAGAGCAUGCAGGGUCUUACCUCUGCUGUGCAUCAAAUGUCCUUGGAGAGAAGUGGACAGAGUCAGCUGAGAUAGUGCUUCCUGAAAACAUCACCUUAAAGAGACUCGCUGCGACUGACAAAGUGGCUUUGCUGAUCGGCAACCUAAACUACCAGCACCAUCCUGUGCUGAUGGCCCCCGUGGUGGAUGUGCACGAGCUGUCCAACCUCCUGCGGGGGCUUGGCUUCAGGGUGGUGUCUCUGCUGGACCUCACCAAGGCCGAGAUGCUGGCGUCCAUCGAGAAGUUCCUGCAGCUGCUGGACAGGGGGGUAUACGCCCUCUUCUACUACGCAGGGCAUGGGUACGAGUGCUCGGGGAGAAAUUACUUGGUGCCCAUUGAUGCCCCGCAGCCGUACCGCCCUGAGAACUGCAUCAGCGUGCAGCGGGUGAUGCGGCGCAUGCAGGAGAAGCACACGGCACUCAACGUGGUCCUGCUGGACACCUGCAGGAAGUGGUAUAACCAGCACUGUGUCCCAUCAGAAAUUAAGUCCCUUGACCCUUUGGGCAACACUGUGUAUGGAUUUGCCACGUGCGAGGGUGCAGAGGCAUUCGAGGUGCAGGACGGCAGCCGGAGCACAGGCGUGUUCACCAAGUACCUGAACAUGAACAUCCUGCGUCCUGAGAAGAUCACGCGUGUCCUGGAGCGGGUGUCCGAGGAUCUGGGUAGGGACCCCCUGGUAACUGGGAAGCAGGUGAUGGAGAUCCGCCACACGCUGAAGGACCCACGCUCGCUGGCGGACCCCAUCAGCGCCGCGGGGCACACGGGCGAGCUGCUUCUGCGGGACCUGUGCUGGAAGCAGGCCAACGAUUUACCAGCCCAGCGUUUAGUGAGCUUCCCAUGUGGCGCAGUGGUGGAGCUCAGCUUCUCUGCACUCUUCUCCAACGUCCUGGUGGUGUUCGCCACGGUGAAGGACACUGGAUCCCAGGCCCAAGACUGCUCCGUUGCCCUGAGAAGUUCCCCUGCACUGGAGGAUAUCUUCUCCAUCGCUGGGUGGUCUGAUGAAAUGAACACUCUGCUGCUAACCAAUACUGACGCUCCAGACUGCUGCCUGCGUUUUUGUGGCCUGCAGAAGCUCCAGAAACCCCUGAUGCUCACCGUGGAGCUGCACUACUCUCGCGUCAGGCAGCACCAACGGCUCACGGAGAGCAGGCAGCAGAACAUAGGGCGCCCCCUGGUGGCCCGCUGCGAGUUGUAUAAGAGGACAGUGGCGGAGGGGGCUGCAGCAGCGGCGGCGGUGGGCACCGUGCACACAGACUACAGGCCACGGCCCCGCCCACCAUCAUCACAGCCCUGUCGGCCUUCCACCCGGAAGGCGGAGAAUGCUGUGACUAGGCCCGCUCAGAGUUCCUCCCCCAGGGACAAUGAGCCAGAGGAAAAUGAUGAAAGUGAACCGUUGGGCUGGGCCCUCUGAAAGACGCUCAGGCAUAGGGUCUGUACUGGAACCCUGUGUCAGUUCACUAAAUACAAGGUUCAUGUGCCACCUGGAAACCUUCUUCUUUAUCUCCUCAAGAAACACCAGCACAUUCAAAGUUGCUCAUUGAGAUACUCUUUUUGUCACUGAAAUAUGACUGUCAAGCUUCCCCCCCAUGAUUCUUAUUUAAAUCAUUCCAUUUAAAAUUGAAAUUAAAUUAUUUAGAGUAGUAACUUUUCUCAGAUGUUUGUAAUCUACAUAAAAUGUCUGCCCUUAUAACACUGCUGUUAUAUGUGAAUAUAAUCAGUUGUGUGUAUAUAUAUAUUAGUGACUGAUUUAAUCAUAGUAUUUCAACUGUGACUUAAUCACAAAUGUUUACAGAGAUGUAUCCUAGUUGGAGAGCCUUUAUAUGCACUUAAUCGCAAUGUUUGACAACUAAUCUUAAACUUUUGUAUGCCAUUAUUAUCUGUAGCUAAUUGCAUACAAUGAUUUUAAACAAAUUAGGUAGUAGGCAGUGUGCUAUAUUAAAGUGCGCCAACUGAAAAGUUUUUUUUUUUUUUUUCCGUCGACGAGGAUUUUUUGUGCCGUAGAGCUGGCCAGUUAACUUGAAUCGGUCCACCGUAAUAUUAAGCCACAGAAAUGGGUAAAAAUGUAUAUGGCUUUAAAAAAAAAUUUAAGUAUCAGCUAAGCAACUACGAAUGCAAAAUACUUCAUUGAUAUAAGUAAUCCACUCAGUCUGUUCUCAAUAUAUUUAGCAUGUUUACUAAGGUCUACUCUGUGAAAUGAGUAUGAUUUCAGAGAAACUCUAAUGAUCAGCUUACCUACCUUAUUUCAAUUCCAUUUUGUGCACUCAUCUCAGUGUUUUGUCUGAGAUUUCAGCUGGAUUUUUUUAUUAUUUCGGUAUUGUAAUAUUUAGUGUUCGCAUCUCAAUGCAGAAUGUAUUUUUUAAAUAUUUGUUAGCUUUUCUUUGCAAAAAUAAAAAGCCGUUUGCUCUUUCUAAA